GAAGGGCGGGCGGUGCGCGGGGGCUCCUCCUCCGCGGCCUCUCCCCGCCGUGACGGCCGGGCGCGCCCCCCGCUCCGCACCGCCCCUUCCCCGCCUCGGCCCGCCCCGACUCCCCAGAGAGGCCGCUCCGCGCCCGGCUGCCGCCGCCGUUGCUGCUGCUGCUGCCGCCGCCGCCGCUGCCGUGCUCGCACAGUUAGUUGGAGCCGCCUGGUCCCCCGCGCUUUCCCGUCCUCUCCAGCCCGGGCCCGAGCCGCGCCCGGCGCCUGCCGGCGGCUCUCCGCGGCGGGGGUGCCGCUCCGAGGCGGCGGCUGCUGAGGUAAAAGUGUCUUGAUGACCACGCGGGAAGGUGGAUUAUUUUUCAAACAAUGAGCGUGCGUCUCUAGACAUGAUUUGUGGUUCGGUCCAGCUGGAGCUGUCUGAAUGAAGCUAUGGGCUGUGCCUCCGCCAAGCAUGUUUCUACUGUUCAAAACGAAGAGGAAACUCAGAAGGGGAAAAACUACCAGAACGGAGAUGUGUUUGGUGAUGAGUAUAGGAUCAAACCAGUGGAAGAGGUCAAAUACAUGAAAAAUGGGGGAGAAGAUGAUCAGAAAAUAGCAGCCAGGAACCAAGAAAACUUGGAAAAAAGUGCCAGUUCAAACGUAAGACUUAAAUCUAAUAAAGAGAUCCCAGGAUUAGUACACCAACCCAGAGCAAACAUGCACAUCUCUGAAAGCCAACAAGAAUUCUUCAGAAUGCUUGAUGAAAAAAUUGAAAAGGGUCGGGAUUAUUGUUCAGAAGAGGAGGACGUCACAUAGUGCCAAUUCUGCCACUCGCCCCAGGAGUUACUACUGUGUAAAUAGGUUACAACCCAGUCGAGACCUUUUGGAAGUCUUCUAGAGCGAACAGCACUACAUACCAGAAGAAGAUCAUGUCCACAUUAUAUGCUCCAUUCAGUUACAGUGUUUCUUAACGAACAGAUGAGGAAUAUCGCUAAGAACUCAUAAGGAACUGUUUUUGUUGCUGCUAGUUAAAACUUGUUGCAACUUCUCACUUUUUUUCUGUGUCCAGAUACGCAGCAAAUCCUUAAAGUUUAAUCCAAAAGACGUUGUUGAUUUUAUUGAGGCUUCUGGCCUGUUUUCUAUCAGAUGAGGUAGUGUUAUACAAAGCUUCCAUAAGUGACCAUUCAAGCAUCUAAGAAACACCCUUAAGCUGUCUGUCAGUCCGCGUUGGGGCCGGAGUGCUUAUUAAUGCUGGUGAUUUCACGCUUUGGAGACGGGAUGUUUUUGCCAUGGCAAGCCUUGUUUCUCUGCUGAGAAGAAGCUGAGAAACUAUUAUCCAUUAAAAGCAUGUUAUCACUGAAAUACUGGAAGUGAUGCAGGAGCAGGAAUUUGUAUUUUAAAGAGGAAAAAGAGUUUCAUUUAAUAGGUAUCUUAAUCGAGGACUAAGCUUGCAGUAUUGGCUUUGCUGAGCACGAAUGGGAGUGUGAUCACAAUCAUUUUGAAUCUCUUUUUUUCUAAGAAAAUAAACAUUUUACUGUUUUUAUGUA